UGAAAUUCAUAGUUUGGUAAAGUUAUGAUCAAUUGGACUGGACUUUUAGGAUCUCAAUUAUCGUAAAUUAAGGAGAACCAAUGUCACGGGUUAAAGAGGAAUCGUCAGCUACCAAACAAGCCGCAGCAAAAAAGUCCAAUCUUUUGUCCCAUCCCCAAACAUUACAACCUGUUACCCUCCACAACAUCCACUUACCAUCAUCCACGUGGAAUUUGUCCUACCUGGCUUCUCCAUUCUCCCAUUUCAAAGGUCCCACGUCAUCAUUUAAAACAAAGUCCCUAAAACCAUAAUCCCCGGCAGCUUGGUAAAGGCAAUGGUUAUUUACUUAUUUAUUGUAAAUAACACAAUAAAAUAAUAAUACCUCCCUUCGAUGUUCACAAAUAUAUUAGACUACACACCCUCCAGUGAGAGUGAGAGAGAGAGUUGAGUGAUUUCAUCAUCAUUAGAAUGGCCUCCUUUUGGUAUUGUGCAGCAGUCAUUAUGGCAUUCAUGGCCUCACCUUUGCUUGCUUUACCAUCUCUACCCAAUCCAAAACUCAGCUCCUCUUUUCAAGAACUCUCCCCUGAUAUUGCUCCAUUAUUGCCUUCUUCAGGCGGUAGCAUUCCUUCUGCAUCUGGUUCGAUUCCCACCAUUCCUUCCAACCCCAGCCCUCCAAAUCCAGACGAGUUCGAGGCUCCUGGCCCUGAUUCCUCUGCCCUUUCCCCAUUUGGGCUACCAGGUUCCUUCGCAGCCCCUAAACCCCUGCCUCCCUAUUCAAAUUCCCUUCUUCUUCUCACUGCCCUAUCACUUCAUGCCUUCUAUCUGCACUUACAUUGACUCCGAAACUGCAAAAGUUCCACUUCUACUUGUACUUGAUUCAUUACAUCCCGGAUGUUUCCUUUUUGUUAAUUUCAUUUUUCUGAGUACAUGGAAAAUAGUACUUUUAGUUGA